AUGGACAUAGAAUGGGAAUACACUGAGGCUUGUCACCAGUACACAAACAAAACUUGUGAAGAGUGCCUGAAAAAUGUCACGUGUCUGUGGUGCAGCAGCAGCAAGAGGUGCGUGGAUUACCCGGUUAAAAACCUUCUCCCGCCUCGCUCUCUCUGUGAGCUGAGUUCUGCACGCUGGGGAGUCUGCUGGGUGAACUUUGAAGCCUUGAUCAUCACAAUGUCCGUGGUAGGAGGCGUGAUCCUUGUCUCUCUCUGCAUCUGCUGCUACUGCUGCUGCAGGAAGAAGAGGAGCAAAAAGCCAGACAAAGAGGAUGAGAAGGCUGCCAGGGAGAAGGAACAGAGGCGAGUACGUCAAGAAGAGAGGAGAGCGGAGAUGAAAUCUCGCCAUGAUGAAAUCCGGAAGAAAUACGGCUUGUUUAAGGAAGAAAACCCUUACGCCAAAUUUGAAAACAACUAGCCAGCCUCUUAGAACUGACAAGCAACACCAGAGCUCCUCUGCCUUUGCCGACUGGAGCUUUACUUCAGAGACUUAGAGACUUUGCAUUCCAAUCACCAAAAAACCAAUCCUAUUGCUGAGAUGCAUGAUAGCCAGUUGCCAGAAACAGUCAUGUGCUUCAGUAGAAAGCUGUGGGCCAAUUUGAGACAGGACCUACUGUAGAUGCAAUGAGCUAUUACAAUCGGUGAGACUGAACCAGAAAACUUUCUCUCGAAACGUUCCAGCGUGGCUCGCCAGACGGUGCAGUAGUGUCUGGGAGUCCAUGGGAACUCUUUGCUAGUUGUGUUUGGCAAGUCAGACGCCUUUGUGGCAGUAGUUCUGUCUCUCGGACUGUAAGUAGCGCAUCAAAAUUAUUCCACCAUUCAUUUAUACCAAAACACCUGGUUUGCUCAUUCACGCCAAACCGGCGGAAUACAAUGACUGUGAAGAGCAGCUCAUUGGACCAGUCUUGCCCUACUCCUUUCUUGUCACCAAAUAAAGCUUUAAAUCUCAGAGCAGGGCACAACUAGGGUGUGUUGGUCCUGUGUAAGGUAGAGCAGCAACCCAGAAUAUCAGGGUAGAUGCAUAAAAGAAGACUUCUUAGAUCAUCAAGGCCUUAACUGUGUCACUUAAAGUGCCUGGACAGUUGUGUGUGUUUUACUCAGCACCACUUUCAACUUGCGUAGGUUUUCUCUUUUUAAUUAUUCUGAGAAGGGGAAGGGAGUUGUUAGUUUUAUUGGCAGGUCUCAUUGAGUAGAUGCUCAUUCUCCUUUCAGAAUUCCUUUUGUCUAGAUGGCUUUUACUUAUGUUUAUCCUACCUCUGCUCUGUGCCUUUCUAUGGCUUCUCCUGUAAUAGUAAUUCAAGACUGAUAUUUUGUAAUACAAGACUUAGAUGUAACACUAGUAUUUUGAUCCUUUAGCUAAUAUUAUAUAGACUGAAAAGCCUCAGCAAUACUGACCUGAUUACUCUUAAACCUGAUUGUGCUGAAGCAAAGUAAAUCCAAGUCUAAUUUGCCUUCAGUAAUGUGUUGGAAAAUCCGUACUGUAGCCAGCGCAGCAUGUAAUCUCGAGAAGAAUGUUCCAAUAACCAAAUAACCAGGUGCAUGAAAGGGUGUUUGUCCAGAAGGUGCAACCGUUCAGCCUUUGGUUGAGUGGCGGUGUGGUUCAUGCUCUCCAUUUGAUAUUAUAAUCGGCACAUGUAAGAGCCGUAGCCAGUUUUUCGGGUAGUUCUGCAUUGUCCUAGGUAGCAGCAUCUGGAAUGUUGCCUGGUGCCUUAGGGCUGGAGCCAAGUAGCGAGAGAGAAUUACUAGCCCGCAUAUUGAAAGUGCCACAGAGAAGCAGACAGAUAGGCUGAACCGUGAGAAUAGCCAUAGUGGAUGGGUUUUAGUCCUCUGUCAAACUCUGAUUCAAAGAACUGACCCCACCGAGCAGCCACCUGGGGUUUUGAGGGGUUGGGAGUUUUUUUGGUUUGGACACUUCUGAACAGGUGAGGCAGCUUGGGGUUUUGUGUUUGUGUUGUUUUUUGAAAGUGGGUGGGCACAUGAAGAAAACCAAAUGGUAAUAACAUUGUCGCCUUCCAGACCAUCUGCUCGGAGAACUCUUUCCAAGUUGAGGGCAAUUGUCAGUGUACGAAAGAGCCAUACCUAUUUGGAUUGAAAAUACCAAUUUUGUACUCCCAGGAAGCGAUUUUUGUAUAAUCCUGUGCAAAGUCUUUUGAGUAAAACAUGCCUGCCCUGAA